CUUGAAUACUGGCGGGGUCGUCGACGAACCUCGGCCCGCUAGAGCAGGAUUACUUUGGGCACAGUCACCACAGAAACUCUUGAGUGUAGCAGGAAACAUUUUCUGGGAUCCCACCGCCCAGGAUCAGCAAGCUACGAGCCCACCAGUUUCGGUGCCCAUUUGGACUUUCACAAUCAGAAAUGGCAGCAAAGGCGGCAUCAACAGAAACUACCACGCCUUGGUCUUGUCAUCCAGUGUACGCAAGAUACUGGCAACAUUAUCAUCAAGCAAUGGCUUGGAUGCGAAGCCACCAGAAUGCCUAUCGGAAGGCCAUCAAGUCUUAUUUCAGUUCUCCAUGGUACUUCACUCCGGGAGAUCUUCCCCAGAGCUGUCAUGCUAAGAAGGGUGGAUCUCCUCAGUCCUUCUGUGACCAUCACUUGGCCUCCCAGGGCUCCCACUGUGGUUAUUCACAUUCUCCAAGGUCUGGGCACCAUCCUCCUGACAGCACAAGCGAAGACCAAUCUUGGUCCACAGAGGAGGCGACGGAGACCGACUCAGAUGCUGGGGUGCAGUACGACCUGAGCAGCAUGGAGAUCACGGAGGAGCUCCGCCAGUACUUUGCGGAGACAGAGAGGCACAGGGAAGAGCGGCGGCGGCAGCAGCAGCUGGACGCGCAGCGUCUGGAAGACUAUGUGAACGCCGACCACGACCUGUAUUACAAGACGGGCCGCUCCAUGGAACCCCCCUCCGAGAGCCCCAGCGAGCGGCGCCAGGCCGAGAUGAAGCGCUUGUAUGGGGACAGCGCGGCCAAGAUCCAGGCCAUGGAGGCCGCCGUGCAGCUGAGCUUUAACAAACACUUUGACCGAAAGCGGCCCAAGUACUGGCCGGUCAUUCCACUGAAGUUCUGAGCUCUGGGCCCCCAGCCAUCACCCCCUUCCUCUGGGAUUUGCUCCUUCAUCUGUUUCUGAGCAUUUUCUCCGGGAAAGGGGGCUUUGUCCUGAGAAAUCAGCAUGUU